AUGGCUGUACGUCGCAUUCCACUGUUGACACCAAUCGCUCGCCCCAUAACUCGAGGGCCGACGCUCGACCCAUCGGGCCGGUACAUUCUCGGUCGAGCCCCUUCGCUGGUCGAUGCUAGGGUCAAGGUUCGACCCUUUGGACCGGUUGAUCCCCGGUCGAGGUCGGGGGUUGAUACUGAGAUCUAUGGGCCCCGAACCGAAGAGCCCAGUUGCCCAGAAAAUGACUCCAGUGUUACUGCCGACGAGCAGCCCAAUGGACUUAAUCUGGCAGACACGAGAUAUAUUUCCUGGCUGAAUGAUCAUCCUUCUGCAAUAGCCUCUUUCAAUGGGAUGAUGAAUGCUGCAAAAGGGAAACAAAUAGUUGUGUUUUUGGAUUACGACGGGACUCUUUCACCUAUCGUAAACGACCCCGAUCGAGCAUUUAUGUCCGACCCGAUGAGAUCGGCCGUACGUGAAGUUGCAAGGUACUUCCCGACCGCUAUAAUCAGCGGUAGGAGUCGAGAAAAGGUUUAUGAAUUUGUUAAGUUGGAUGAGGUUUUCUAUGCUGGGAGCCAUGGGAUGGAUAUAAAAGGGCCUCCUUCAAAUGUGAAGUCUUGUAUAUAUGGAGAGUAUCAAAUAAACACCCAAGAUGACAAGGGCAAUGAAAGCACAAUUUUUCAACCUGCAAAGGAGUACCUGCCCUUAAUUAAAAAGGUAAGUACUAAAUUGUGA